AUGGCUCCUCCACGAAAGGCUGCACCACUCCCUAAAGGACCUCCAAAGGAGAAGCGCCAGCUCGUGCGCUGGGACCAGGACCUGGAUAUCCUACUGCUUCUGACAGUUCAAUCUGCUUGCAAUCUGCACGGCGUGAAGAUUCCCUGGGAUAAGGUCGCUGAACAGAUGGGCAAGAAGUUUACCGAGGGGGCUAUUGUCCAGCAUCUCUCGAAGCUGCGACUACGUCGUGAGGCCGAAGGUAAAGCCGUCCCACCUCCACUGCGGCGGUCGAUGGUGUCUGCAUCUAGCAGGAAGGGCCUCAAGGCAGCAAUGACUGCCGUUGCCAAAAAGGGGACCCGUAAGCGCAAGGCCCGCUACCACGACGACUCCUCGGAGGAGUCGCCUGCGAAGCCUGCUGAUGAAGACCCGGAUUAUGUUGGGGGUUGGAAAGAGAAGAAGUCGAAACGUGCCAAAAAAUCAGGUACUAGGUCCAAGGGCCGUAGAGAAUCGGUUCAGAUGCAGGCACGGCAUGACUCACAAACCAGCGAAGGCGAUUUGAUGUGCGAAGGGGCUCCGUUUCUCGACUUUUCGGGGGGAAAUGCCGAAAAUGAACCAGAUUCUGAUGGGCCUGGCAGUGACGCUGAAACUUCCUCUGUAUCCUCCGCAGAGCCUCCGGUUGGGUUCGAGUCCGAUUCAGAUUCCGAAUUCCAUGGAGAAUCAGAGCAGCGAAAAUCACGCAUUGUUCGCCUGUUGAUACCUCGAAGCAGCCAGAAACCGCCCGAGUACAGCUAUCAGAGCCCACACCCUCGAGUGACAAUGCCACCACCACGGCUUACGCCUGCACCAGGGCCGAGCACUCCAACGCCCUCCGUAGGGCGAGAGCCGAGUUUCAUGACAAACGACCCGGCGUUGAUGUAUUCGACCCCUCCGUCCUGGCGGAUGGGUCAUCCGAUGGCUUCGAUGCAUGGAAUGAUGGGUCCGAAUCAACCUCAAUACGCCGGAUUUAUGGGUCCAGCUUAUGAGGAUCGUCCGAGCCCUCAAUAUGUUGACCCGGGAAUGCUGUCGCAUGAUCUGUAUCCGACCUCUGAGGGCUGGACCGGUCCAGGGCAGAUGUUUAACCGGCCGGUCACGACUUUGGAACAACCUCUUCAAUCGAUUCCUGUGCCUCGAUGGGGGUCUGAAGUGUCUAGCACCGAGCCAAAGAAAGAAGCAGGUCGCACUGAAGAGGAAGACUUUAGCUGGGCCAUCAACGAAGAUGGCGAGAAUUGA